GCUUUUUUUUAUCAUUAUUUUUUUCUUUAGACAAAUUCCCAAUGCAAUGCUACUUUAGUUCAUUUCCAUGGCUGAAAACAAAAGUUGAGCGCCUCCACUCGUUACAAAAAUAAACCCUAUUAACAAAACCAGAUCACAAUCAUCACCCCUUCUCUUCUUCAAUUUCUCUCUCUUCAACCUUCAAUGCCUUCAACAAUGGCGGCUACUUCCACAAACCCUUCAUUCUCCCCUUUCCCAACCCUCUCUUCCAAAACCCCUAAACCCCAAUCCUCUAUUUACGCCCUCCCUUUUCCCUCUAACCCCAAAACGCCAUCCUCCUUCCUCCGCCGCCCUCUCCAAAUCUCCGCCUCUCAAUCCGCUAACCCAAAACCGCCAUCCGCUACCCAAACCGCUGUUCCAUCACCUCUCACCGAUGAAAACCCCCAAUCCUUCGUUUCCCGAUUUGCCCCUGAUGAACCCAGAAAAGGCUGUGAUGUCCUUGUUGAAGCGUUGGAGCGUGAAGGUGUUACCAAUGUGUUUGCUUAUCCUGGUGGUGCAUCGAUGGAGAUCCAUCAAGCUCUCACGCGCUCUAGUUCUAUCCGGAACGUCCUUCCCCGGCACGAGCAAGGUGGGGUUUUCGCCGCCGAAGGCUAUGCUCGAGCUACUGGGCGCGUGGGUGUGUGCAUUGCGACCUCUGGACCUGGUGCUACUAAUCUUGUAUCGGGGCUCGCCGAUGCGCUGCUUGAUUCUGUUCCUCUGGUUGCGAUCACUGGUCAGGUUCCUCGCCGAAUGAUUGGGACGGAUGCUUUUCAGGAGACUCCUAUUGUUGAGGUUACUCGUUCUAUCACUAAGCAUAAUUAUUUGGUUUUAGAUGUUGAGGAUAUUCCUAGAGUUGUUAAGGAAGCGUUUUAUUUAGCUAAUUCUGGUAGGCCUGGACCUGUUUUGAUUGAUAUUCCUAAAGAUAUUCAGCAACAAUUGCUUGUGCCUAAUUGGGAUCAGCCUAUUAAGCUAGGUGGGUAUGUUUCUAGGCUGCCAAAAUCGAAAUUUUCGGCGAAUGAGGAGGGACUUCUUGAGCAGAUUGUGAGGUUGAUGAGUGAGGCUAAGAAGCCUGUGUUGUAUGUGGGAGGUGGGUGUUUGAAUUCUGGUGAGGAAUUGAGGAAAUUCGUCGAAUUGACAGGGAUUCCGGUGGCUAGUACUUUGAUGGGAUUAGGAGCUUACCCUUGUAAUGAUGAAUUGUCCCUUCAUAUGUUGGGAAUGCACGGGACAGUGUACGCAAAUUAUGCUGUUGAUAAGGCGGAUUUGCUGCUUGCUUUCGGGGUUAGGUUUGAUGAUCGUGUCACAGGGAAGCUCGAGGCGUUUGCUAGUCGAGCUAAGAUUGUGCACAUUGAUAUUGAUUCUGCUGAGAUUGGGAAGAAUAAGCAGCCUCAUGUGUCGAUUUGUGCUGAUGUUAAACUGGCGUUGAAGGGUAUGAAUAAGAUCCUGGAGUUUCGAAAAGGGAAGUUGAAUUUAGAUUACUCUAGUUGGAGGGAGGAGUUGGAUGAGCAGAAGAAGAAAUUUCCAUUGAGUUUUAAGACGUUUGGGGAGGCUAUUCCUCCACAGUAUGCCAUUCAGAUGCUCGAUGAGCUAACCGAUGGUAAUGCUGUUAUAAGUACUGGUGUUGGGCAACAUCAAAUGUGGGCUGCCCAGCAUUACAAGUAUCGAAACCCUCGACAAUGGUUGACCUCAGGUGGUUUAGGAGCCAUGGGGUUUGGGCUACCAGCUGCUAUUGGAGCAGCUGUGGCUCGACCAGAGUCUGUGGUUGUCGAUAUUGAUGGGGAUGGGAGUUUCAUCAUGAAUGUGCAAGAAUUAGCUACCAUUAGGGUGGAAAAUCUACCAGUUAAGAUAAUGCUCUUAAACAAUCAACAUUUAGGUAUGGUGGUUCAAUGGGAAGACAGAUUCUACAAAGCCAAUAGAGCACAUACAUACCUUGGAAACCCUUCCAAAGCUGCUGAAAUCUUCCCCGAUAUGCUCAAAUUCGCUGAAGCCUGUGAUAUUCCUGCUGCCCGUGUUACCAAGGUGAGCGAGUUGAGGGCCGCCAUGCAGAAAAUGUUGGAUACUCCGGGGCCAUACCUGCUGGAUGUGAUUGUACCUCAUCAAGAACAUGUGCUGCCUAUGAUCCCUAGUGGUGCCGCCUUCAAGGAUACCAUUACCGAGGGUGAUGGAAGAACAUCUUAUUGAUCGCAUUAUCGAUGAUGAUGCUUAAUCUGUAUGUAUAAUAAUAUGUUUAGAGAGAUUAUGACUGUUUUUGCUUUAGGUUAGUUUGUUGUUGGCAUGCUGCUUGCUACUACUAUGAUAAACUUUUUUGUUGUUUUUGAGGUAUUACUAUGGAUGAUCAUCUUAAAUUGCUCAAUGAUUUCACAAAAGUGGUCUUUGAGCUAUGUAUGUUAUCUUGCGAAAUAGACUUCGUUCUUUUUUGUUAGUACAAGAUGAUGUUGACAAUCA